CCCUCUCACCCUUUAUUUCUUAACAUACACAAUCCCAACCUAAACCAAUUAUUCUCUCCCAAAAAAAAAAAACUAAGUACUCAAAAUGGCAGCAGCAAGCACAACAAUGAUGGGCAUGGCCGCCACCGCAACCCUGGUCCCAAAACCCCAAGCACCACCAAUGAUGGCGGCGCUACCUAACAACACCGGGCGCUCAUUCUUCGGCCUCAAAUCCGGGAGCCGAGGUGGAAGGAUGACAGCAAUGGCAACCUACAAGGUCACCUUGAUUACACCUGAAGGUACUCAGGAGUUUGAGUGCCCGGAUGACGUGUACGUGUUGGAUGCUGCUGAAGAGGUAGGGAUUGAUUUGCCUUACUCUUGUAGGGCUGGCUCGUGCUCCUCAUGCGCCGGUAAGCUUACGUCUGGUACUCUCGACCAGUCUGAUCAAUCCUUCUUAGAUGAUGACCAGAUUGCUGCUGGAUGGGUUCUUACUUGUGCUGCUUACCCUGUUAGUGAUGUUACCAUUGAGACUCACAAGGAGGAGGAGCUUACUGCUUAAAUCUUCACGUUUUAGUCUGCUUUUUUCUUCAUAAUAUUGGGCCCUUUCAUUUUUUGUUCUAAUUUGAGAGGGAGAAAAACUGAAUAUUUUAGUCAUGGAUGAAUUCCAUGCAAAAUUAAGCCCUGGGAUAUAAUUGACAUGGGAGUUUUUGCUCCUUUGUGGGUUGUAAUUGUGUAUUAUCAUGUUAAUCAUUAAUUCAUCAAGUUUCUUAUAUGCUUUAUUUUA